UUUUCACGCUUUUUAGAAGUAGUGAGGAAGUGGCCAGCUCACGCUUGUUCGCUGAUUGAGAGACAGAGUCAUUUCAACUGGGCCUGCUCUGAAAAAGAAAUAGAAAAAAAAAAAAUAACAUGUCGCAGGCCGACUUUGAUAAAGCAGCUGAGGAGGUCAAGAAGUUAAAAUCUCAGCCCUCGGACCAGGAAAUGCUGGAGAUUUACAGUUUGUUCAAACAAGCGACAGUUGGAGAUGUAAACACAGCACGGCCUGGCAUGUUGGACUUCAAAGGAAAAGCCAAGUGGGAUACCUGGGAGUCUCGUAAAGGAAUGAGCAAGGAUGAUGCAAUGAAGGCCUAUAUUGCAAAAGUUGAAGAACUAAAAGGAAAAUACGGCAUUUAGACUGUCAGCAUUCAUCGGAACAAACGUUUGAUCUUGAUCUUGAUCAUUGUGUGUUAGAUGACAGGUGUCUGUUAACAGAAAACCCCUCUGAUACUGUACACUAGAAAACCCAUCUGAGAUACUUGUUCUAGUAUUUGUUAAUGACAAAAUAAAUAGUCUUUUUCUAA